AAGAAGAAGUGCAUCAAAAUGAAAUCUUUAUUUAAAGAAUUGUUAAUUUACAUUCUUAUAUCAAAUGUUUUUGCACUUAAUACGAGCUGUGAUUUAUUAAAAACUAAAUACGGUUAUGUAUGCAAAUGUACGGCUGAGUAUUGCGAUUACUUAGAAGAGCCACAAUUGAAAAAUGCGAACACUUUUAUUGCGGUAACUUCAAGCAAGAGCGGUUUACGGUUCCAUGUCACAGAUGGCGAAUUCAAUAAUGAAGGGAUAGUCAAAAUUAAAGAUUAUAUGGAAUUGGAUGAAAAUGUCCUUAAAAAUGAAGAUUAUAAAACUAUGACCAUUGCAAUGGAUACGUCGAAAACAUUUUUUCAAAUAUUCGAUAAGGAUAAUUUUUUCUUCGCCCGUAAUCCCACGUCGCCAAUAGCAGUUAACGUAAAUCGAACAGAAACGUAUCAAAAAAUUGAAGGGUUCGGAGGCGCAUUUACGGGAUCUGUAUCAUACAUAUUAGAGAAAUUAGAGCCACACUUACAAGAUCAAAUAUAUAAAACAUAUUUUCACAAAGACGGGAUUCAAUACAAUAUGUUACGUUUAUCUAUUGGUGGUUGCGAUUUUGAUUUAAGUCCUUGGGCAUAUAAUGAAUUACCAGAAUAUGACAAAGAACUUACAAAUUUUACACGUUUGGAUGAGAGAGAUCUUAUGAAAAUUCAACAAAUCGAGCGCUUGAAACAAGUGGCUUUAAUCGAUAAUAUAAGAAUUAUGGCUGCAGCUUGGAGUCCACCGCCAUGGAUGAAAACCAAUAAUGCAUGGACUGGCUAUAGUUCUUUGAAACGUGAAUACUAUCAAACGUGGGCAAACUAUCAUUUAAAAUUUCUUGAAUUAAUGAAUGCUAAAAAUAUGCCGAUUUGGGCCAUAUCCACUGGCAAUGAGCCACUAAACGGAGUCAUUGGUUGGUUUUUCGUGCAUUUCAUGAGUUUGGGCUGGACACCAAGAAAUCAGGCAAUUUAUUUAAGUGAGUAUCUUGGCCCAACCAUUAGAAAUUCGCCAUUUAAAAAUGUUUUAAUUUUUGGCAAUGACGAUCAACGCUACACUUUCCCGGCCUGGUUUCGAGAGAUGAAUUCUACACGUUUUACGUGUUUGGAUUAUCUUGAUGGUUUGGCGGUACAUUGGUACUGGGAUAAUGUCUUCGGUCCGGAAUUAAUUGAUUUAACUUUAAAAUUCAUACCCAAUAGAUUGUUAUUUAAUACAGAGGCGUGCGUCGGCGAUAAGCCUUGGCAAACGCAUGGCCCAGAAUUGGGUUCUUGGUCAAGAGCUGAGCAAUAUGCUAAAGCUUUAUUACAAGAUUUUCAUCAUAAUUUCAAUGGUUGGCUAGAUUGGAACUUACUACUCGAUGACCAAGGUGGUCCAAAUUAUGUGCGAAAUUAUGUGGAUGCCCCGAUUAUAGUGAAUACUCAAAAUUUUCAAGAAUUUUAUAAACAACCGAUUUUCUAUAUUUUGGGACAUUUAUCGAAAUUUUUACCAUCACAAUCAAUGCGUAUUGCAACUCAAAUUUCCGUUUAUCGUAUCAGCAUUGAUGCGGUGGCUUUUAAAAGACCGGAUGACAAAAUAAUUUUAAUAUUAUUCAAUAGCGCUUCAAUCCCUCAGGAUAUUUGUGUUCAUGAUAGUGAACGCGGUUCAUUUGUUAUUAAUGUACCCGCCCAUUCAAUACAUACCAUUUUGUAUGUGUAGUGAUUUUAAAUACUCAACGCGAAGCUGCUUUAUGCUGACACCG